GUUUGCCGGCAUCGGUUCUACUAAUUAGUCCGUCAAUUUAGAGUAAAACGCUCGCGGAUCGGUUGCAGAAAAAAAAUAUAUAUAUACUAAUAUUACCUCUGCGGGAGUGUAAAAUUAGAUCGUAGUUAUAUAUACUUAUUUACAAAAUUUGCUUAAAUCCAUUCUCGCCCACAUUUUGGCGGUAAUAUUGUGGGUAGUUCAACAUGGUAUAUGAAACAUCGUAUGAUACCGGGCAUAAACCCUUUUCCCCCGAUCUGAAUCGAGGAAAAUGGGAUAAGCCAACGGACUUUAUGUUCGCCUGCUUUGGAUUAGCCUUGAAGUUGGAUGUCUUUGUGGCAUCGUUUUGGAUGUUCUUCGACAUGGGCAUUCUUGGAAUACUGCCGUACUUUGUAUAUAUGUCCAUUUACUUGGUUCCCAUCAUGGUCAUUCACUCCUUCAUGGGUCAGUUCUCCAGCAGUGGAUUCAUCUCCGCCUUUCGCCUGUCGCCUUUCUUUAAAGGCAUGGGAUAUGUGAGUGGAUUUUUAACUAUCUCCAUGCUAAUUUACUAUAGCAUUUUUGCUGCGGUUCCACUUCUGUUCAUAAUAAACUCAUUUCGACCCACUUUACCUUGGAGCUGUGAGGGCUUGAGUUCUUGGCACAAUGGAAGUGCAACGCUAUCUAGUUCUUGUAAUAAGACACUGAUCUUGGAGGACUUUUCGGAAUACAACAGAUCUCACCAGCUGCUCCAUGUACCAUCCGUGCUCUAUUUUCAAAAUCACUAUGAUAGCAUGCAACAGGAUGCGGUUCCGGAUUGGUAUAAGGAUUACGAGUUGUCUUGGCAUUUUGUUGGCCUAUUCGCAAUCAUUUGGGUUGUGAUUGCAUUUAUUUUUUAUAAAUUCUCAGAGACGGCCAAGUUUGGAAAACUUAUACGCUACAUGGUGAUUGUUACCCUGGUUCUUCUUUUAGUGUGCUUUGUGCGAUUCCUGUUCCUUCCGGGAGCUCUUAACGGGCUCCACAGAUAUGUGACUCCAAAGGCAAGUGACAUGGCCAUGGGAGUAGUGUCCACAUUCAUCAUGGUUCUUCAUGCAUUCGGAGCUGGUUGGGGCAGUGUAAUAACUCUGUCCAGUUUCAACGGUUUCAAGACUGACAUCAUGUCGUAUAGUUGGAUUAUUUCCUUUGGACAGAUCUUCAUUUAUAUCAUGUUUGGCAUGGUUUCCUUUAUGCUGGAACACUACUUUAAUGAACUAUCCGAUGUUGAUGAUAACGGACAUGUUUUGAGCCAUUGGCUGCUAUAUUUGUCAAGUGCUUCUGCCUUGUCCACAAUGGCUUGGCCAAACCUAUGGACUUUUAUAUACUAUUCUAUGCUUUUAAUUGCUGCUCUAAUUGUGAUGACGACGCAAAUCUUCACGGUUUUGCAAAGUUUGUUUGAUGAGUUCGAAGUACUUAGAGUGAGAAAACAAGAGGUGACCUUUGGGCUAAUUGGAGGUAUUGCACUCUGCUCCUUUUACUUUUGCACCAAUCAUGGCAUUAUUUUCUUUUCGGCCUUGGGUCUUGAUGCCAUUUUCUCACAUAGUUUGCUGCACUUACUGCUCCUUUUGGUGGUUUUGUGGAUCUAUGGUCGCGAACGAUUCCAGCGAGAUAUUGAGUUCAUGUUGGGCCAGCCCUUUGCCUCCUGGAAGGUUUUCAUACUCCGCUUUAUAGCUCCAAUAAUUUUAGUCAUUUGUCUGCUCGCGGGAAUUGCUCUGUCCAUAUCGGAGCACUCUUAUUCCACAACAGUGGUCUUCGUGAUGUCAAUUGUCCUCGUGGUUUUGCCCAUUCUGGCCAUUCCUGGAUAUGGAUUUUACUACCUCUACCAGAGCACGGGCACCUUUUGCGAACGCUUUAAACGCACCUGCCGACCCACCGAUUGGUAUCCGGUUGAGAUGGAGCACCGCCAGCAGUACGAGGAAGCUGUGGACAACACGGAGAUGACCCACCAACUCUUCGAGGUUACUGAGGAGGUCAACUAGUUACUGAUGCACUUAGAAAUGUACUAAAUAUAAAUAUAUGAGUAAUUUUAAUGCGUAUUUAAAAAAAGGUAUGCAUAUAUAUACAAUCAUAUUGUGAAAGGUGGAAAUGCUACACUUAUUGCACUAUGCUUACAGCAAUGGGUUUUACAGCGUUUAUCUCACCUGAAUCGAUCAGGUUCACACGUGUGACUGUCCAGAGAAACGUAGAUAUCUCGGAAAAGUUAAUAAAGUUGAGCUUAAAAAAUCUGUGACGUCCACAAUUAUAAUGCUUACAUAGUUUGUCUAUCGAGAGAGAGAGAGAGCUUUUAAAAACGUGUAAUUAUUAAUGUAGUUAUUGAUUAAUUAUGGUUAUAAGCAAAGUACUCUUAUUGACGUCAUGUUAGUGUAUAGAAAUGCCUUUUAAUUUCAGAAUGCCACUUCGGUGACUCACUACUUUUAGGAACGGUAUUAGUUUCAUUGAGAUGUUUGUUUUAACAUAUCCAAAUUAAUAUACAUCAUAUUACAUUAAAUU